AUGGACUAUAUCACUAUGGACAUUCAGAAAUCAGCACCGUGGUCACUUCUAUACGCUGAUGAUGUAGUACUCAUAGCCGAGUCGUUGACAGAAGUACAAUCAGACCUGACACUAUGGCAGGAGUCCUUAGAAAGAAGAGGGAUGAGAGUGAAUAGAGAGAAGACUGUAUACAUGUACUGUAACUUUUCUGGUGCCAAAAUGGAUGUUACUCCACAUGUCCAUCUAUCGAAGGUCGACCUCUUAAAAGAGUUCAAGAGUUUAAGUAUCUCGGAUCCAUUGUAG